AUGGAUGCAGAGCUCCAAUACAAGAAGCAUGUGGCAAGAGUAGUGACGCGAGUAUUCCAGAAUAUCCAGAGGAUAGGUGCAAAGGCCAUUAUUGGCUGCUUUCGGACAACAGCUACCGCAAUUGCAGAGGCCAAAGCAAGCAUAUAUAUGAUGAUAGCCUCAGCUCAUGAAGAUAUUGACACCAGCCACAUGGAAACAAUCAUGCCAUAUAUAAUCAGCCCGUGGAGCAGACGCAUCACGGCAAUGGUAGAGCCAGACUUAGAGAAGGUCACAGCACGAGUAAACCAAGAGGAUGGAAUAAAGAUUGUAACCAGCACGUCAGCGCGCCGCGGCAACAUCGGAGCAGGCUCUGCUAUCCUGGGCCCAAGGGAAGAGCAGAACCCUUGUGUAGCAGAACUAUUUGCUAUCGUGGUUCGCCAGCCGAGGAGACAGUUAGGACAACACAUCAUCCAAAGAAUCUACCGCACAAUCCAGCACCUAGAGAUGCUAGAAAAUAAAGUAGAUCUUAUAUGGAUUACGAAAGUGGCAAAGAGGACUACGCAGGAGGGCAGUACGCCACCCAUGCGAGCAUAUAGCAAGCAGAUAGAUGCAGCACUACUAGGACAAUACACCCAUAAGUUAUACGACAACCUUAGUAGACAAGAAGCGACGAUUAGAGUAGCAGAUUCUAGGGCAUGUGCUUGUGGCCACACGGAAACACCUAAGCACUUCCUCUUCCGAUGCGCGCGAUGGGACACGCUUAGGGAACAAAUCCUAGAGCAAUUAGACACGCUGAGGGGAAGCCUCUCAUUCUACCUUAGAGGGAGAGCAAAGAAAGAUCCAGCGAAGACAUGGGAACCGAGCAUAGAGGUAGUAAAAGCGACAAUCCGAUACGCAAUAGCGACAAAACGCCUAGAAAUAGCAAGCGGAACGUAG